AUGAGCGACGACCGGCCAGCGGCUGAGUACCAUGCGCUGCGGGACCGAUCACGUCAAGAGUACCUCACAAAACGAUCAAGACAGCAAGUUGAGCUCUUGCGUCAGGAAAUCAAGGAUGAAGAGACGCUUUUUCGUGGCGUGCGGAUGUCCAAGCGUGAGCAGCGCGAACUGGAGCACAAGCGCGAGCUGCUGCGUAUUGCCGAAGAGUUUGAAGGCUUGGAUGAUGGCACCGAUACAUAUGCCCUACCCGAAGAUUAUCUGACCGAGCAAGGACGUCUUGACCGCAAACGCAAAGAAUCUGCUUUACACGACCGACGAUAUGAUCAAGGCUCGCGCUCACAGCGAAAAAGGCCCGCGUCGGAGGGUGAUGUAUUCGAGCAUGAGCAAAUAGCUCGAUCCAAACUGCUCGACCAGCCCAAAGAAUCCGCAGAAGCGGAUGCAUACGACUUUGUCUUUGAUGAGACGCAAGCCAUCCAGUUUUUGCUGGAAAAGCAAGCCGAGAGUCCAUUCAACACCUUGUCGGACAAGGAGCUGGCGAUGCAGCAGCAGCUCCAAGAGGCCCAGGAGCGAGCUGACUCUAUCGAUGCUACGCGUCGCUCCCUGCCUGUCUACGGGCUGCGCCAAGAGUUACUAGACGCGAUCAACGACAACCAAAUACUUAUUGUGGUCGGUGAGACAGGGUCUGGCAAGACAACACAGCUACCCCAGUUUCUUCAUGAGGCAGGAUACACAAAAGGGGGACAGAUGGUAGCAUGCACGCAGCCUCGUCGCGUAGCAGCCAUGAGUGUGGCUGCUCGCGUCGCGGAUGAAAUGGGCGUGCGCCUCGGGCAAGAAUGCGGCUACAGUAUCCGCUUUGAAGACUGCACAUCCGACAAGACCGUCGUCAAGUACAUGACCGAUGGUAUGCUUCUUCGAGAAUUCCUGACCAACCCGGAUCUGGGAUCGUACUCGGCCAUCAUGAUUGACGAGGCUCAUGAACGCACGCUCAGCACCGACAUUUUGUUUGGCUUGCUCAAGGAUAUUGCCCGCUUUCGCUCCGAUCUCAAGCUCAUUAUUUCUAGUGCGACGUUGGACGCGGACAAGUUUAGCGAGUUUUUCGACGACGCCCCGAUCUUUUUCGUGCCUGGCCGCCGAUUCCCCGUCGACAUUCUGUACACAUCGCAACCUGAAGCCAACUACUUGCACGCCGUCAUCACGACCGUGUUCCAAAUCCACACGACUCAGCCCAAAGGUGACAUUCUCGUGUUUCUCACAGGUCAGGACGAGAUUGAUGCUGCUACGGAGAAUAUCGAACAGACAUCGCGUGCUUUGGGCGACAAGGUGGCAGAGUUGAUCGUGUGUCCCAUUUAUGCCAAUCUUCCCAAUGAUAUGCAAGCCAAGAUUUUUGAGCCAACGCCUCCAGGAGCCCGCAAAGUGGUACUCGCUACCAACAUUGCCGAGACGAGUAUUACGAUCGACGGUAUUUCCUUCGUGAUCGAUCCCGGGUUUGUAAAACAAAAUUCGUACAACCCGCGCACGGGUAUGGCGGCAUUAACUGUGGUUCCAUGCUCGCGAGCGUCGUCAAAUCAGCGUGCGGGUCGUGCGGGUCGUGUGGGCCCGGGUAAAUGUUUCCGCUUGUAUACCAAAUGGGCUUUCCAAAAUGAAAUGGACGAAAAUACUUUGCCUGAGAUUCAGCGUACCAACCUGGCGAAUGUGGUCUUGUUACUCAAAUCCGUCGGCAUUCACGAUUUGCUCAACUUUGACUUCUUAGAUCCGCCACCGACGGAUACGCUGAUUCGGUCCCUGGAGCUUUUGUAUGCUUUGGGUGCCCUCAACGACCGCGGAGAGCUUACCAAGUUGGGUCGUCGUAUGGCUGAAUUUCCUGUGGAUCCCAUGAUGAGCAAAGCCAUUUUGGCAAGUGAAGAAUACCAUUGCACAGAAGAAGUGCUCUCCAUCGUGGCCAUGCUGUCAGAAAGCGCGAGUCUGUUCUUUCGGCCUAAAGAUAAAAAGUUACACGCGGACCGUGCGAAGCAGCUGUUUAUUCGCCCCCAAGGUGAUCACUUCACGCUACUGAAUAUAUGGGAGCAGUGGGUGGAAAGUGGCUACAGUCAGAUCUUUUGCCUUGAUCACUUUCUGCAGCCCAAGACCAUGGGGCGUGUCCGCGAUGUGCGUGAUCAGCUGGUGCAAUUAUGUGCGCGUGUAGAGCUUGUGCCUGAAUCCCUGACGAACCCUGCGGAUGUCACGCCCAUCCAAAAAGCCAUAACGGCCGGCUACUUUAUGAACACAGCUCGUAUUCAAAAGGGCGGUGAGACUUACCGCAGCAUCAAACAAAACACAACUGUGUACGUUCAUCCUUCCUCUUGCUUGUACAAGCAUGUGCCACCACCGCGCUUUUUGUGCUAUUAUGAGUUGAUCGAGACAUCCAAAAAUUUUUUGCGACAGGUGAUGGAAAUUCAGCCGGCAUGGCUCAUGGAGGUGGCGCGUCACUUCUUUUCGCGCGACGAUUUGCAUGACGAUUCGAAGCAAAAGCACAUGCUUCGCGGAACAGGAGCAGCGCCUCUGGGCGCCAAGUCUUGA